GAAUUUAAAUACAGGCAGUCCUGGGAGGUCUCUCUGAUUGGUUUCUCCUCCUGGUUGCCACUCGUCAAAGAACGAAUUUACCAACAGCCAUCAGCCGAGCACAUCCAAGCUGGAUGGAGGCCGCACGCAGGCGGUGUUGUUGAAAUCUGGGCAGCGAGGUAGAAGGGUGGCCAGUGCGUCAGUCGGAUGCAAACAUGCGGGGACUGAUGGCCAGCAGCUGGAGGAAGUAUGGACACGCUGGCAGGGGGACACAUGAGUGGUUAACUAGCGAAUCAAGCCUACCUCUCCCGGAAACCCAGCUGCAGGGCACCCAGAAGGUAAGUUCCGCGAAAGACGACGUGGAGCCCUUCCUGUGCAUCCUUCUUCCAGCGACCAUCCUGCUCUUCCUGGCCUUUCUGCUGCUGUUCCUGUACCGCCACUGCCAGGCCGCUAGGCCCCGGGGGCAGGUGUUCAGCAUCGACCUCCCAGAGCACCCCCCCUCGGCGGGAGAGGUCACGGACUUCCGGCCCGGCCUCCCCUGGAGCGGCGAGCCUGGCUUCCCUUACUCCCCGCUGCCCCGGGAGGCGGCCCUCGUCCCAGCGUGCUCACCACCCUCCUACGAAGAGGCCACCAGGACCCGCCCUGGGGCAGGGACUCCGGAUGCAGGCCUGCGGCGUCAGGAGGGGUCACCUCGCCCGGGGGAGCAGCUAUAAACUGCUCUCGGGAACUAUUUCAAGCUAACAGAGAGCGCCCCCCACCCUGCCACUCCCUGGGGAAGGGUGCGGUAGGGGGGUUCCAGACCUUCCCUGCACUUCCCUGGCAGGCUCCAGCAUGAAUCAGGCGCUUCAGGCUGGGGGUGAAGCCUGACAAAUGUCAAUCUGGUUAGCCAUCGUCACGCUCCGUAGGGAAAAUUUCUCCUCAACAUGUAACAGCCCUGAGAAAAAUAGGAAAGUGCUACAGGGGUUGAGAAAAAACUAGGAUUAUUAGUCAGCCUAGGAAGUAGGUCUGAAGGAAAAGGAAACCAUUGAUCAGCCACAGGAGCCUGCUUUUGCCACCAAAUAAAAUGUGUCUGCCUACACACGUUUUUCAGGGUUUUAUGGUCUCA